CCUUCCCGGACCCCGUCUCGAGGCGGUGACUGCCGCUGUCAACCCGAGCCUGAGCGAUCAUGGCAACGGGCUCGGGCGGGGAACGCGUGGCAGCGGCUGCAGCGGCGGCAGUUUGGUGGCGGGCUGGGGCGGCGGAGCGGCGGCGGCGGCGGUGGCACUGGCACUGGCCCCGGCCCUGAGCGCCAUGCGGCGGGGCAGCUCCGAGAGCGAGCUGGCGGCCCGGUGGGAGGCGGAGGCGGUGGCUGCGGCCAAAGCGGCGGCCAAAGCUGAGGCCGAGGCCACAGCGGAGACGGUGGCGGAACAGGUCCGCGUGGACGCGGGCGCGGCCGGGGAACCGGAGUGCAAGGCAGGGGAGGAGCAGCCCAAGGCCCUGGCCCCGGCCCCGGCGCAGCCCAGUGCGGCUGAGGAGGGGGACACCCAGGUCCUUCAGCGGCCACCGCCCACGCUGCCCCCGUCCAAGCCGAAGCCGGUGCAGGGCCUCCGUCCGCACGGGAAGCCCCGGGGCAAGGGCCGAAGCUGCAAGCGGAGCUCGGGCCACGGUUCCGGCGAGAACGGCUCCCAGCGGCCGGUCACCGUGGACAGCUCCAAGGCCAGGACCUCCCUGGAUGCCCUGAAGAUCAGCAUCCGCCAGCUCAAGUGGAAGGAGUUCCCAUUUGGCCGGCGCUUGCCUUGUGACAUCUACUGGCAUGGAGUUUCAUUUCACGACAAUGACAUAUUCUCCGGUCAAGUGAACAAGUUUCCAGGCAUGACGGAGAUGGUGCGUAAAAUUACUCUGAGCAGAGCAGUGAGAACCAUGCAGAAUCUCUUUCCUGAGGAGUACAACUUCUACCCUCGCUCAUGGAUUCUGCCUGACGAGUUCCAGCUCUUUGUUGCUCAGGUUCAAAUGGUGAAAGACGAUGACCCCUCCUGGAAGCCCACUUUUAUCGUGAAACCUGAUGGUGGUUGUCAGGGUGACGGAAUCUACCUCAUUAAAGACCCCAGUGACAUCCGCCUGGCAGGGACCCUCCAGAGCAGGCCGGCGGUGGUCCAGGAGUACAUCUGCAAACCUCUCCUUAUCGACAAGCUCAAGUUUGAUAUUCGUCUGUAUGUCUUACUCAAGUCCUUAGACCCCUUAGAGAUUUAUAUAGCCAAAGAUGGACUCUCUAGGUUUUGUACCGAGCCAUAUCAGGAGCCCACCCCCAAAAACCUGCACCGCAUCUUUAUGCACUUAACCAACUAUUCACUGAACAUCCACAGCGGCAACUUCAUCCACUCGGACAGUGCUAGCACUGGCAGCAAAAGGACUUUUUCCAGCAUCCUUUGUAGACUGUCUUCCAAAGGCGUUGACAUCAAGAAGGUCUGGUCUGACAUCAUCUCCGUGGUGAUUAAGACGGUCAUCGCGCUGACUCCAGAGCUCAAAGUCUUCUACCAGUCAGACAUCCCCACGGGGAGGCCGGGCCCCACGUGCUUCCAGAUUUUAGGCUUUGACAUUCUUCUAAUGAAAAAUCUGAAGCCUGUACUACUUGAAGUAAAUGCAAAUCCCAGUAUGAGAAUCGAACAUGAGCAUGAACUUUCUCCAGGGGUGUUUGAAAAUGUCCCCAGCCUCGUUGAUGAAGAAGUGAAAGUGGCUGUGAUCAGAGACACUCUGCGCCUCAUGGACCCACUUAAGAAGAAAAGAGAGAACCAGUCUCAGCAGCUUGAAAAACCAUUCGCUGGAAAGGAAGAUGCUUUGGAUGGCGAGCUGACCAGUGCUCCAGACUGCAACGCCAACCCCGAAGCCCACCUGCCUUCCAUUUGCCUCAAGCAGGUGUUCCCCAAGUACGCAAAACAGUUCAACUACCUGCGCCUGGUGGACAGGAUGGCAAAUUUGUUUAUCCGGUUCCUGGGCAUCAAGGGGACAAUGAAGUUGGGGCCAACAGGCUUUCGUACCUUCAUAAGGAGCUGCAAACUCAGCAGCAGCAGCCUGUCCAUGGCUGCCGUGGACAUCCUCUACAUUGACAUCACACGGAGGUGGAACUCCAUGACCCUGGACCAGCGGGACUCAGGGAUGUGUCUGCAGGCCUUCGUAGAAGCUUUCUUUUUCCUGGCUCAGAGGAAGUUCAAGAUGCUGCCACUUCAUGAGCAGGUGGCCUCACUGAUUGACCUUUGCGAGUACCACCUGUCCCUGCUGGAUGAAAAACGCCUGGUGUGUGGCCGGGGCAUCCCGUCGGGGGGCCGGCCCCCACACCGUGGCCCUCCCCAGGAGCCCUCCCCCUCGGCCCAGCCAGCAGGGGACAACCCCCCACCCCGCACCAGCUGCGCCAAUAAGCUCUCCCAUCCCAGACAUACCCUGUCCUGAGGGCCACUCUGUCCUCCUGGAAGACGGAAGAUGAGAGCAGCUUUCAGGGCUGGAGCGCCCCAGGCAUUCUGCCUGCAGAGGAAUGGCAGGCAGGCUGCCGAGGGGCCCAGCUAAGGUCCCCACGAACUGUCUCUGUGUGCGGCUGAGCUGUGCUUCACCAGGCUGGCUGGUUCUCACCUGCCUUCCUCCUCGCACCUCCUGGUGAUACACCCUGUUUUUGAGUCAUCAGUCAUUGGACAUAUGACAUCUAAAACGUGACAGAUGGCACCUUCUAUUCUGGGCUCACAGGAAGCACCAACUGGGGCAAAUCUGUUGUAUUUGGGGCACAGGACACAAUCGAUCCCAAGGCCCAGAGCUGUGGAGAGGAAGCCGAGUGUUAGGAUCUGCUGCCGGGGCCUCCACGCGCCCACCGGGAAAAGCCUGAGAACAUCGUGUUUACUUCCUGCCGCCCAUUCCAAGAGAACAAGUGGAAAUAUCAAGGAGGCGUCUGCGAAUCUCCCAUCCCAGUCAUGUGCUACAUGGGUGUAGUGAACAGAUUAACCUCAUUUAGUUCAUUAGCUUGCCUGUUGCUGCAAUAUUUGGUUUGUUAUUAAUUAAGAAAUAAUUAAUUAAGAAGUAACUAGUAACUAAGACUUCUGGAGCCUCAGAGCUGGCAGGAGCCUCAGAGAUCAUUUUGUUUGAUUUUGUUUGACUGUGACCCCAAAGCAGGAAUCCCAUCUUUAGCCUCCCUGACCAGAUGGUCUGAGUGGACCCCUGCAUAGGUGGGGUGCUGGUCAUGUGGCCAGCGUGUCCACAACAAGCACUGCCAGGGGUCCCUGCAUGCCCAGCACUGUGCUGGGAGCCCUGGGUGAGGGAAGGAAAUCAGACAUGGAUAAGAACCAGAGCAAGAGGAGUAGUGUAUGUCGGACCUGGUGCCAGGGUCAGGGGAGCUCACGCUGUCUUCCAUGAGACCCUUUCCUUGUCUCCAUCUGUAUCCCCAGGUAGCCCCCCUCUCGGAGGAAACGCCUCACAGGCAGCAGAAGGUGGCAUUUUGGAAACAGCCUUGGACAUGCCAAUGUCCAGGGCCUAUUGAAGACAGGCAGGCAGGACCUGGCAAAGCCAAGCUCUCCAGAGUGUGGUUGGAUUUGGGGUUAAUGUGGCCCUUUCCUGGAGGAUCCCUUUAAAGGAUGCUGAGGAACCUGGGAAGAGUCAGUCAUCGUGCUCCAAGCGAGGUGGAGGAAAGUAUUUGAGGUGCUAGUACUGUGCCUGGUGUGGUGCACUGUAGGACUCAGAAAAUGCUCAUAGUGCGUGGCAAGGGAGGGUCCUGGGAGGCAGAGGUGCAUCCCAAACAAGCUCCUGCAGCUUUCUCCUCCUUCCUUCCAACAUCCUGUCCUGACUCCUGACCCAAACUGAUAAGAGCAGUUGACCUGGUUCAUAACAGGUACUCAAAAGCAUCUGUGGAAACAAGAUACUUGAAUCUGCCCUCCCCAGAUAUUUUUAAACCCAAAGACAAGAUUGUUAAUCCAAGAUGUCUCCAAUUGUUGGCAAGCGAUUUCAGAGCAGGGGCUGCUCUGUUCAUCCUUGCCUGGAGCUCCUUCCUGCCAGGAGUUCACCCUCUCAAAGAGGAAAACCUGUUUCCCCCACAGUGUGGCUGCCGCACAGCACCCCUUCCCUGCUGCUAGCAGAGCCCAAAGGCCGCUGCCCUUCCCCAGCCGAGAGGGGCCGUGGAACUGAGCCCUGCAGAGCCCACUCUGGGGUGUUCAGUGAGUGACAGCAGACUUCUGCAAUCACUUUAUGUUCCCAAGCAGAAGGCAGGACAGGUGGGAAGGUGGCACUGGCAGGAUGUGCCUCCUGAGGUGCGUCGAGUGUUCUCUACAUGGGGCGCUGUGGAGGUGUCAUCGGCUCAGUUCCCCAGGUAGUAGGGCAGGUCUGUAAUGCUGCUCCCCUUUCAGAUGAGGAAAGGAAGGCCCAGGAGGCCAUGUAGUCAGGACUUGGUCCAGGUGUGUCUGUCUUUGGCUCCUUGUCCCUGGGUGAGCAUGAAUUCAGCUCCAAGUAAAGACCCUGCAGCUACCCCGCUCGGGGCUGCCUGGGGUCCGUCAUGGUCUGGUGGCAUGGGACAAGGCAGUCAGGGCUCCUAAAUGGUCCAGUGUGAGACACAAUGUUUGAAGCCCCCAUGCAGCUCUCCCAGUCCCCUUUGGCAGAACAAAUGGAUUUCCCAGAGAAAGACCAGAGUAAGCAUGUCUGGGCACACUUGUCAUCAGCUGGGCGCCACCAGAAGUCUUAACAAAGCUCUCACAUGACACCAUUUCUUGAAGUUGGUCUUCAGAAAGUACUCGCUUGCCAAAGUGGAGCGCAAUGUUCAGGUCUAAAACCAACCAAGCACAUUGAAUAUUUUGAAAAAUAAAAUCAAGAGGUUGAAUUCCAGCCACCUUGUUUGGGGGUGAUAUGAAAACAUCAGCUCUCCUGGUGAGGGCCUCUCCCACCCCAUGCCAUCAUCUGGAGGCGGGCUGCUCCGCCCACCAUGGCCCCUCUGUCCCGGGAGCAGCCCCCUCCUCUGCAGACAAGGCCCCGAUAGCCCCACCCACCAGCAGGGCACGGAGCCUCCCUGCUGAUUGUUAGGGAAAUUAGGCUGUGGUUUUAUGAGAGGCCAGUCCUGACAGAUUGGCCCUUUUCAGUUUAACCGAAAGUAUUUCGAGGCUGCUCCAUUGUCAGAAUGAGUGAUAACUGACUCACCCCGCCUCCUCCAUUCCUAAUAAGAAGCCCCACUGUGUUUACCCCUUUGGUAAUCGGCCACUCGUUUUAUUGGAUGUAAUUGAAACGAUAGCAAAAGCAGAUGGUUCCUUCCUCCGAGAAGAUAGGAAGCAGAGCCGGGAGUCUGGCUGGCCCAGAGGCACGGCACACAUAGCUGGGCAGCCCCUGUGCUUUGCUGCAGGAUAAGCCCCAUCCCUGCAAACGCCCUCAGGAUCCAUCUCCAGCGUCUUCUCCCUCCCCCUCUCUUGCCCCUUCCCGCUCCUACUGCCGCCUGUCUCUCCCCACCCUCAAUGCACACACAGUCCUCUCCCUAGUCUGCUGGCUGAGUUCCUGGAGAGCUGGGCACUCCGGGGGCUUGGAAUGAACGGGUAAGAAGAUCAGGCUCAGCCUGUGCUCAGUUUGGGGGUUCACAUCCAAGUAUGACAAGUUAGUGGGACCAAUCUGGGGAGGGAAGCAUCAAGAGAACAGGACAGACCCACAGAACUGGGCCCACCUACCCUUUCUUUGGGUGUGCCCCGGGGCAGCCUCCUUGUUCCUGCCUUGCUGACACUGCCUGCUUCCUUCCUUCCAGCCUCCUAGGGGGACGGUCUCAGCGUUUCUGUUGUUAGGGGCAGGAGCUUUGUCCUCACGGCCUGGCCAAAAUGGAGCCUGCAAUAGGUGCUUAUACUUAUAAAGACCUGCUAGAUUCAGUGCAGCUGUUAGCAAGUGCUGGUCCCAACAGACCCCUCCCAGUGGGCAGAGGCAGGGCCUCCAGGACAGCAGCAUCCAUCCCUAAAACAAACCACCUGGAUUUCUCUUACUUCUCCUCCCAGCCUCUGUCCACUCCCCCAAACUCUGACACGGUCUCUCGCCUAGGCUUCCGCUGCCUCCCUGCCUCUCACCCCUCCACCCUACCCUCCAUCUCCAUAGGUCUGGAAGGAACUUGGAGAGCCACAGAGCUGACGUCCAGUCACCUAUUGAAAGCAGCCCUUAUCGGCACCCUUCCUUUUUCCAUCCUAAGGCCCGCACCUGACCCCUGCACCUCAGGACCAGGCUCUGCAGCCUCCCUGAGCCCCUGUCCGACCCCUGCUCCCAGGACUGUAUCUGUUGUCAUGAGACAGGAGGAGGUUGUGCUAUUUCCCACCACCCUUGUCUUGCUGGCCCCUCUGCCUGGAAUGGCCUUCCUCUGCCCAGUGGCAAACAGACUUUCAAGGUUCAGUUCCAGUGUCCCCGCUGCAAUCCCCCAAACAGAGUGAGUGGUUCCUUCCAACUACUUCCAAGAACUGGAAAGUUCCUGUCUUGUCGCGCGCACUGUGGGACCACAGCAUUGGUUCCCACCCAGCUGUGAGUUCCUGCAGGGUCAGGCAUGUGCUGGGUCCACGUUGGCACAGAGCAGGGGCCAGCAGGUGCUUGCUGUGAAGAGGAACGUUUAGCAGACCCCGGGAGAGGAGACAGUGUUACCACACUUGCUCUCCACUUUGCCUGCGGGUGCCUUUAAGAAGCAUAGAUUUCUAAACCUUGCCAAGCCGAUCCGCUGAACACCUCUACAUUCCCGGCUGCUUUGUUGGCUCCCUGGGACACGGCAGCUGUCCUGUGUCCGUAAACAGAUAAUAGCUCCUCCGACUCUAGGUGUCUCUCCAUGGCCCUUUGUGGCCAGGCCUGGGCUGCGUACCCAUGGGCACCCCCUCCCAUUCAAUCUCACAGAUAGGACGCCAGGCUGGACAGUCCUCACCAACACCCCUCCAGCCAGCUAGCCAGCCUUCUUUCAACUCUGCAUUGCCCUGAGUUUGUGUGGGGUUGUUGAGUUCCCAGCAGGUCCUCCGGAUGUGCAUGUAGGUAGUCAGGGGAAUGGAGUGGGAGGAUAGGAGCCCAGACACUUGAAAUGGUGUUCCAUGCCUUUCUAGACCCCAGGCCCUUUCCUGCAUGAUUUUAUCAGCACAUGCUCAAUCCUUCACAGUUUACAAAGCACUUCUAGACCCAUCCAACCCCACCAAGGAUGAGGAUCACUGGCACUCUGUUUUCCCAGGCGGGGAAGUGGCUUCCAGGAGGCUUAGUGACUGACCAAGGUCUCGAGGUCUUGUGCUGGUGAAGUGCAGAGCCAGGAUCCACCUGAGGCCCCCGGCUGGCUCCAGAUCCCACACUCCUUCCUCGGCACUUCCUCGGUUCUGCACGGUGCCUCAGCACUCCCCAAAACAUCCCAUUUUGCAGGUGUGGAAACCCACGUCCCGCAGAGGCUGGGUGUUUGCUCCACUCAGUUCUGGGGACUUAGCUUGAGGCUCUCUGAUCUGUUCUCCUGCCGAGCACCCCAGGAAGGGCUCCAGGUCUCCCAGCCACUUAGUGAGAGUGGCAAGUCCUGUCUCACUUGAUCUUUGGGAGCAUAAGACGAGAUCACAGAAAAUGUCAUCAAUGUGAAAGUGUUUUGUAAACCAAGGCGCUGCUCAAACGUAGUGUUAUCUUCAGCCUGGCUACUGGCUUCCUACAAAGUGUGAAGGGAUGAAGGUAAAAGCUCUUUCUUGAAUAAUGUUAUCCAUCAAGACAGAUGAAACCACACUGGUCAGCUCCUCCUGCCCUCCCCCCCACCCCCCACCUCCCCUUCAUUCCCAGAUGUUUAAAGACAUUCGUAGGCUGAGAAAUGAUUCCUGCUGCUCCUCUGACACCCGGAAUGUGCCUUGUGAUUGGCAGAGUGUCCCUCCAGAAUAGCUUAAUUUUUUCCCCAUUUCUUGACUAAUGUCCUCUACUCCUUGGCCCUGUAAUUGAGAAUUGGGCUUGCAAUGGCCAGCACACGAGCAUCUUCCCUGAAAGCUCAGAAAUGAUGGCUCUCCCGGCAGGGAGCUGGCAUUCCCCAUGGCUGAGAGCGCUGUCCUCCUCGCAUGGAGGGAUCAUUCACCACCGUGUGUAUUAACCUGAAAUCCACCUCACCUUGAUGGAUAUUUUUGCCAAUCUCCCAUUUGGUUUGAUGAAUGUGAGAGAAAUUUUCCCCUAUGGCAUAUGAAUUUCUCCCUCACAAAAUAAGUCUAAAUUUUUUUCUGUUCCUGGAGAUGAAGGAGCUCUGCAGAAUAGGCCACGUCUUCAUUUACCUUUAUCUCUAGUAGCCAAAAGUCUUGAUUUUUAUAUAACUGGAAAAACCACGCAGCAUAAUGCUUAUACACACACACACGCACAUGCAUGCACACACACGCACGCACACACGAUGCACACAUAUGCACACGCACGCACACACGUACACAUGCACACACGCAUGUGCGUGCACACGCCACACACACACAUGCACACACAUACACAAUGCACACACAUGCAUACAUGCACACAUGCACACGCAUGCACACACGCACGCACGCACACACACGUGCGCACACACACACUGAGCACCGUUGAGCUUUGGUAGAAAAUGGCAAAAUUACGAUGUUUUUCUCAUUUCUGGUGAUUGGCUUCCGAGUGUUAUUUAGAGAGCGGAGUGGAGAGGGCUCUUUGCAGCCCUGCGGUAGUGUCUUGUGCUCACCAAGAGGCUCACGGGAAACAUGUCCUCCAACAUGAAGGUGUUUGCUAAGAUUCCAACCAGGACCCAGUCUUGGGCCACAGAACACUGUCUGCUCCCCCAAGCCCCUCGCAGACCGCAGGGAUAUUUUCCCUUCAGAACCUGUUGCAUCAGAAUGGGGAAAGCGAGGGCUGAGAAUCCCAGAAGAGGCCGUGAACUGUUCUGGAAAAGCGAGGGCUUUGCAGUCAGACCUUCAUAUGCACUUUGUUCUAUCUGUUGCGCUCUCCCUAAAUGACCACGGGCCAGUGACUUUACCUCUCUGAUCCCUGCUCCUUGCCUAGAUAGUGGGGAUCACGUCGUAAUGUAUGUAAAGAACCGGGUGCGGGACUUGGCACCUGGGAAGUGUCUUAAUACAUGUCUGUCGAGAAAAGGAAGGGUCUCGACGUGCGGAAACAAGACGGAUGCCAGGAAAUACGUCUGCCCACCUCCACGCCCCUGACAGCGGAGGCUCCUGGGGGUCUGGUGAGAGGCCCCACGUGCUCCAGCCCCCUCCGCUCUGUGCUGAGCUCUGCCUUUAAGAGACUGCAGCUCCUGCCUCUUAAAAGCCUUUCAAAAUUCUUUAUUAAAUUUUCAUGGCGCAUAAAGUCAAGGUUCUGUUACUUGGCCUCAGUUGUCUUGGCAACUUCAUAAAACGCAAUAAUAAAACGAAGCUGAGUGUUGCUAAA